AUGCACAUUCUUAGUUCUCACGGUUAUGAACAUAUCUCCAAAAGGUUACUAUGGCUAUGCUGGAAUGGAUUCCCGUUGAAAUGUGUCCCAUCAAAAUUGUAUAUGGAGAAUUUGGUUACUCUUGACUUGAGUCAUAGUCGCCUAAAACAAGUAUGGAAAGGAACCAAGAUGUUGGGUAAACUGAAAUUCCUUUACCUCAGUCAUUGCUAUUACCUAACCAGAACCCCUGACUUCUUUGGACUCAACAAUCUUCAGGAACUGUUGCUUAAUGAUUGCAUAAGGUUGGUAGAGGUUGACGAUUCUAUUAGAUUUCUCAAAAAACUUGUUCUAGAUAUGAAGAACUGUAAAAAACUUCAGAAGCUUCCCUCAAGCAUUUGGAUGUUGAAAACUCUUGAAAAUCUUGAUCUCUCUGGCUACUCCAUGCUUGGAAAAUAUUCUGGAAUCAAGCUAUCUAAAUCACUGUCCCCAUUCCUCUCAUUUUGGAAUUUCAGAACAAAGAGAGUGGAUUCUAUUUGUUUGUCACUUUCCCCUGUACUUGGCUUAAGUUGCUUAAAAGAAUUGAGCAUGGAAAACUGCAAUUUGUCAUGUCUACCAAAUGAAGUCGGGAAUUUGAUCUCAUUGGAGACUUUGGAUCUUGGCAGAAAUAAUUUGCGUACCUUACCGGAUAGUAUCUGUAACCUUACUCGCUUGAAGAAGUUGUAUUUGUCACACUGUGAUGUGUCGCAUCUGCCAAGUGAAAUCGGGAGGCUGGCCACCUUAGAGGCUUUGAUUCUUAAAGGUAACAGUUUAGUUAACUUACCGGAUAGCAUCUGCAACCUUACUCUCUUAAAGAAUUUGAAUUUGUCACUAUGUGACGUGUCACAUCUGCCUUGCGAAAUUGGGCGGUUGAUCUCAUUGCAAAAGUUAAAUCUUGGAGGAAACAAUUUACUUACCUUGCCGGAUAGUAUCUGUAACCUUGCUUGUUUGGAGGUGUUGUCUUUGCCACACUGUAAUGUGUCACAUCUGCCCGACAGAAUUGGAAUGUUGAGCUCGUUAAAGUGGUUUGAUCUUAGAAGUAACAGUGUUAGUAUCCUACCAAAUAGUUUCAGUGACCUUGCGAGCUUGGAAAUACUCUACUUGAGUAAUUGUGAAAGGCUCCAAUCACUUCCAAAGCUUCCAGCAAGUUUAUACCAUGUGGAUGCAAUCAACUGCACAUUACUACUAGAAAGAAUACCUACCGAAUUCAACUGGCCACCUGGGUUGUGCAAGCCUUUUCAGGAAUGGUCAAUGCAGAGAAUGUUUGGUGUGUAUCUUCCUGGGGAUGAGGUUCCCAAUUGGUUCCCGUACCAGUAUACAGGGUCAAAAUUAUCUCUUGGGGUACCACCUCUGGUAACUCGGAGAAUAAUUGGCUGGAAUUUAUGCAUAGUUUUCAGGACUCACAAAAAACCUGGUCAAAGGUCUUUUGUCACAGGAAUCCAUUUGUUUGGCGGGGAUGAAUUGGAGAUUGAGAUAAGUCCAGAUGACCAGGAGAAGACAGUGCCGUGGUUGACGGUGAAGAAGUGUGGGAUUCAACUAGUUUAUGAGGACGAUGUAGACAUUACAGGGACGAAUGUUUUGUAA